AUGGGCGACGAAGAAGUGGAGUACAAGGCGGAGUACUUGGACACAGCGGAAGAUGCCGAACCCGAGGUGGCAAAUUGGCUGCCGAGACCGGGGAAGGCGAAGGUGACCUAUGCCGAGGGGUCGAGCUUCGAGGGGGUCUUCAACGGGGAGCGCAUCAAAGACGGACCUGGCAAGUACACCUGGAUGAAGCCAGCAGAGGAAGACGGGGAGGACCCUCAGGUACACGCAACGUACGAGGGCAACUACACGGACGGCAAGAAAGCCGGCACCGGCAAGAUGACGUAUCCUAACGGAGACGAGUAUACGGGGGAAUGGAAGGACAACGCCAUGGAGGGAGAGGGGACCUACGUGUACAAGGCAACGGGGGACAUCUACAGCGGCACCUGGGUGGCCAACAAGAAGAGCGGCCAGGGAAUGUACCAGUUCGGCGCGGAUGACAGCACCAUGCACGGCACGUGGGUCGACGGCACCAUCACCGAGGGGACGUGGGUCUUCAAGGACGGAACGGUGUACACGGGCCGCUUCGAGGGAGGGCGGCCAAAGGGCGAGGGGACGUUCGCUUUCCCGAGCGGCAUCAGCCAACAGGGCUUCUACGAGGCCGUGGUGGCGGAGGAUGCAGACGAGGAGGAGCCCCCGGCGCUGCUGUGGCGAGGACAGAGCGUGGUUACGUGCUGAAUUUACUUCGAAAGAGCCUCGCUCGAGACUUUGGGAAAGGCUGAAUAAAACCAGUUUUGUUCGAGUUCGGUCUACAGCACGAGGAGAGAACUUGUCUAUUCUAUGCCACCUCCGAAGCCUUGUAGUGUACUCCUGUAUUUCCAGUCUAGAAAACACGGAGACAUGAGCACGGCAGCCCUACCUUUGGCAGACGCUCCGGGGUCUCCCCGUGGUCCUGUCGUGUUCUGUUUCGUGGUGUCUAGGUCAGGGAAUUCAUGAUGCCGCCCGGGCGCUUUGUGGAGGGGAGAGUGACAGGCAGUUUUCAUGCAGAGGCAUCAGGCUGCUGAGCCACACACAACGCACAAACUUAAGGUACGAACUACUAGGUUCCGCAAAUCUGACCACCUUGGGUGUUAUGCCAAUGGUUGUUCGCAAACUUGACUUGCAUCCGUUCGUCGUUUCGUGCUUCUGUGACCUGCGCCGGAUGGCCUAGUUGGGCGCAGCUGGGUCCUUGUGGGGGCGGGGCAUUCCAAUCAGACAAGCGGCAAUCCCUCCCGCGGCAUAAGACACAUGGGGGGCGUUCUCUACGCGCAUUCUUCGUGGACCAUACUAAAGCACGCUUGGGGCACUCAAGUUUUGUCAAGAAUAACCUCAGCGCUGGCACAACACGUGUGGCGGAAACAACAGGAGAGCUCGCGAUCAAGUCUGAUUUUUUCUUUUCCACGCACUAAACCGGGGGGGGGGGGGGG